AUGCCGCAACCCAAGCCCCUGCUGCUGCUCACCAUCUCGCUCUGCCUCUCGGUGUCCCUGUCCCCAUGCACACUAGCAACAGCGAGUUACUCCGGCAAGCCACUGGUCACGGCCGUCACCAAGGACCCGGCCACCUCGCUCUACACCUCCCCCCUCAAGGACAGCCGCCCGCUCGUCCUCGACCUCUCUGGCCCGCUCAUCUGGUCCACCUGCGAGCGCUCGCACCCGACGCUCGAGUGCCACCACCAUGAGUGCGCGCACGCGCACAGCUUCCACCCGCCCAACUGCCCGCACAGCGGCUACGGCGUGGCAGACGAAGAAGACCGCUUCAGGUGCAAGUGCACGGCGCACCCCUACAACCCCUUCACCGGCAAGUCCGCCAGGGGCGACCUGACGCGCGUCAGGCUCUCCGCCAACGCCACCGACGGCAAGAACCCGCUCUACCCGGUCUCCUUCUCCGCCGUUGCCUCCUGCGCGCCGGCCUCCCUCCUCGCGAAGCUCCCGGCCGGCGCAGCUGGCGUCGCGGGGCUCGCGAACACGAGGCUGGCGCUGCCCGCGCAGGUCGCGCGCACGCAGAAGGUCUCCAAGAAGUUCGUGCUCUGCCUCCCGAGAACAGGCGACGGCGUGGCGAUCUUCGGCGGGGGCCCGUUCUUCCUCCUCUCGCCCUCACAGCUGGGGGAUCUCACGUCGACGCUGACGUACACCCAGUUCCUCAUCAAGAAAAACAAUCCCGCCUACCACCUCCCGGUGAAGGGCAUCGCCGUCAACAAAGCGCAGGUGCAAUUCCCAGGGCACGCACUUGCCAAUGGUGGCAUCGUGCUCGGCACGAGGGUGCCGUACACCGAGCUCCGGUCCGACGUGUACCGCCCGUUGGUGGAUGCGUUCGACAAGGCGCUGGGACGGGACGACGCGAAAGUCCCGGCAGUGGCACCCUUCGAGCUUUGCUACGAUUCGAACAAGCUGGGCCCGACCCGGAUCGGCUUCCUUGUCCCGGACAUUGUCCUCAUGCUCGAGGGUGGAAAGAACUGGACGUUUAGCGGCAGCAACUCGAUGGUGGACGUGGACAACUUCCGGAAGGCGUGCUUCGCGUUCGUCGAGAUGAAGGCAGAGAAGGGAGGGUACGGCGGGGCGCCGGCGGUGGUGAUCGGAGGGUUCCAGAUGGAGAACCACGUGCUGCAGUUCGACCUGGAGAAGCAGCAGCUCGGGUUUGCCAAGUUGCUGUUUUUUACGUCGUGCGGUAACUUCAAUUUCACCAGGAGCCUGUAGGCUUCGCCUGCAGGUAAUUGUGAGCCUGUUCCUGUAUCUGCACAGGUUCUGGUCAACCGGAUAGUGGAUACUCCCCGACCUCGGUCAUCGUCUCAUGGAUGGAAAUGAGCUGCCUGGUUUGUCACCUAUUUUAGAACUUCCGUUUCAUAAUCGCGUGCACCACUGUCAUGUAUCGUGCCAAUAUUUUGCAACAGAGACUGUUUUGAAUCAUUCGAGUAC